GGUUUUGUUAAAUUUUAGAGCUCAAUUUUUUUUUUUUGUUAAUCGGGAUGGGUUGGAGCUCGUGAGUGAUCUGCUUCGUUUGUUUCAGAUCUUUUGCCGCUGUUUGUUUUCUCUUCUUGGGUGGGUUUUGGAAGGAGGAGGAAAGAUUUCAGUCUAUACUACAGAAGCUAUGCCACUGCUAUCAUCUGCAUGUCCUGGAUAAGACUUCUUUUCUUGUAUUUUUCAGAUUCCUGGUGCAUGAGAGCUCAAACACAGACAAGUUAAUGGAAAUAAGUUUUGCUCAGAGACUACUGUGAGUGGUUCUUACUGAAGCUAGGUUUUUAGGGAUGAAGAAUAAACACAGAUUUGAGAAAUUCUUAACUUCCAUUUUUGGGACCCACGUUGAUCCCGAGAACUCAGAAAUGUUGGAGAACAAGAAAGAUAUUGAGAAGAAUGUGGAGAAAAUACUGAAGCUGAUAAGUGAGGAGGAGAGUGAUGCAUCUGCAAAUUCAUUUGACAAGUCUGAACUAGCUUCUUUUAUUAAGGAUUUUCACAAUGGCUACCAAGCUCUCUAUGAACGUUAUGAUCAUUUGAUUGGGAAGUUAAAGAAGAAAGUUCACCACAAAAGAGGAGACAAUGGAAGCUUUUCAUUUACCUUCGGUUCCUCUGAAUCAGACUCAUCAGAUUCGGGAUCUGAAAUAUUUUCUCAUAAGGAGAGAUCAAGCAAGAUUCAAGAAGGGGAAGUGGAAGUGCAGAUCUCGUUAGAAGAUUACCAAACUUUGCAGGAACAGUUGGAGGUUGCAAAAAGGAGAAAUAAUGAGCUGCAGACUGAAGCUGCCACACUGUUUGCAAAGCUUUCUGAGUUUGAAAGACUCCCAGCUAAUUUGGCAGAAAAGGAAGCAGUAAUUGAGAAAUUAGAGAACAAUCUCCAAACAAUGGCGGAGAGUGUCAAGCUCUUGCAAGCUGAGAAUGGAGAUCUUAAGCAAAGAUUAGAAAUUUUCUCUCAAAAAGAAGUUGACAUGAAUCAAAGGAUAAGAAGUUUUAAUGAACAAAAUGAAAAUCUGAUAUCAGAAAAUGCAAAAGCUUUCAGCAGGCUACAUGAUGCAGAAAAAACCAUAGAAGAAUAUAGACUUGAAAUUGAACAGAUGAAAGUUGAGAUAUCAAAAUUGGUAUCUCAGAACAGGGAAUUGAAGCAAGAAAUGGAAGACGAAGCUCAUCUGGUGGAUGAUUUGAAUCAGCAAUUGAGCAAUACAAACAAAGAAAAAGAAGCAUUAAGUUCUGAAAGCUUGGUACUUCUGAGCAAGGUACAGGAGGCAGAGAAAGCUUUGGCAGACCUCAGAGAUGAAGCUGACCAAAACCUGAAAUUGACUACUGAUAGGCUCUCUUCUGAGAAUGAGCACUUGUUGUCCGAGAAUGAAAAUUUGAAACUUAAGCUGGAGGAUUCUCAAAGAAAAGGGGAUGAACAGAACCAGAGAUUGACAGCUAGUGAAGUAGAGAAGGGGGCUUUGGAAUCACAGAUUUUAAGGUCGUCAUCUCAGAUCCAAGAGGCUGAGAAUACCAUUAAAAUUCUGACUGCUGACUCUGAGCUGCUGAAAGAUGAGCAAGCAAAAUUGCUGAAUAUCGUUGAUGAUCUGAACCAGCAAUUAAAAACCAAGAAAGAGGAACUUUAUGCUUUGCAAUUGGAGCAUAAGGAAGCUGUGGAAAAGACUCAACAAGCACAGGAUAAAGAAGAAAUGCUGUUGGUGGAAAUAGAGAAAAUGAAGAAAGAUAGCUCCCAAUUGUUGCUUGACUAUGACGACCUGAAGCAGGAAUUGAAAGCUAGAAACCAGGAAGCAUCUGAGUUAAAACAGAGGUUGGAAGCAACAAAUGAUGAGAAGAAUUUGUUGACCACAGAAAAUCUAGCACUUUCAAGCAAAAUAGAGCAGGCGGAAAUCGAUUUGAACAAUUUCAAAGCUCAGAUAGAACAACUAGAAUAUGAUAAAUCUCAGUUGCAGGUCAAACUCUGUGACCUGGGUGUUGAACUGGAAGGAGCCCAUCUCCAACUGACUGAUCUGAACAAAGAACUUGGAGUUGCAGCAGAAGAAAUUAAUAAACUGACCCUGGAAAAUUCAAGGUCUAUGAGUGAGUUAAGGCAGGCAGAUGCUAACAGUAGGGAAAUAGAAAAUGAGCUGAAACAUUUGAAAGAGGAAAAUUUCAUACUGCAAGAGAACAUGAGCAAGCUGGAGGAGGCUGAGAAGAUCAUAGACAAUUUAAAGGCUGAAGCAGAACAGCUAAGAUGUGGUAAAUCUCAGUUGCAGAUUGAAAGUAAGGAGCUAGAAAAUGAGCUGAAACAGUUGAAAGAGGAAAAUUUGAUACUGCAAGAGCACGUAAGCAAGCUAGAAGAAGCUGAGAAGAUCAUAGACGAUUUAAAGGCUGAAGCAGAACAACUAAGAUGUGGUAAAUCUCAGUUGCAGAUUGAAAGUAAGGAGCUAGAAAAUGAGCUGAAGCAGUUGAAAGAGGAAAAUUUGAUACUGCAAGAGCACGUAAGCAAGCUAGAAGUGGCUGAGAAGAUCAUAGAUGAUUUAAAGGCUGAAGCAGAACAACUAAGAUGUGGUAAAUCUCAGUUGCAAAUUGAAAUGGACGAUCUGAAUCUCAAAUUGGAAGCAACAAAUCUCCAAUUGACUGAUCUGAACAAAGAAAUUGGAGCUGCAGUGGAAGAAAAAAAUGCAUUGGCCUCAAAUUUAGAGCAGGCAGAGGCUAAUGUUAAGAAACUAGAAAUUGAGCUGCAACAGCUGAGAGAAAAAAAUUCCAUGCUGCAACAAAGUAAUGAAAAUCUGUGCAAUCAAAACACUGAUCUGGAGAGAAGGCUGGAAGAAACAAGAGCUGAAGUGUUAGCGAUCCGGGAGAAGCUUGAAGAAGUAAUGAAGGAAGCAUCCAUCCAUGCAAAUGAACUUCAAACAGAGCUGGAUUUGCUGCACAUCCAGCAAAACAGAGGGGAAGAACAUAUGAGAAUUAUUAGGGAUGGAUGCUCAGAAAAUCAGAUUUUGAUGAACAACUUGGAAGACAAGCUAACUAGUAAAAUUUCCAAUCAGGAAACUAUGCUGGAAGAGCUGAGCAGUAGCUUCCUUGAAUUGCUCAAUGUGUGCAAGCAAUUCAAAGAUCAGUAUCAGGAGUUACAUGCGAGGCUUCAUGGUGCAGAGACUGUUAUCAAAGAGCAGAACAAAGAAAUAAGGAAUUUGGUGGGGAGUCAUAACGAACUCCUAGAAAAACUCUCACUUUCUGAAUCAGGAAAGGCAGAUGCUGAUAAAGAGAUUGCAAUUUUACAAGGACAAGUUCAAACACUCGAAGUCCAGCUCCGCCUAUCAAACCAGAAGCUUAAAAUAACUGAAACUGAAAACAAGGAGAGAGAAGAAAAACAUAAGAAGAUGAUGGAAGUGUUGCAGGAGAGAUGCACAGAACUUGAAGAACAGAAGCAGACAUCUAGUAAAAAGUUGGAUUUCUUGGAGAAUAAGCUCGUAAGAGUGAAAGUAGAGGUCAACUCUGGGAUUUUAGCUCUAGAUACAAAACUUGAUGAGCUACAGUCUCUCUUUGAGCAGAAACACUGUCAAAUCCUAAGUAGAUUAUCGAUUUGUACGGAAGAGCUAAAGACCCUCAAGAAUAAGUUGGAGGAGCGGCUUUGUGAAAAGGAAAUAUUGAUAAGAGAGAAACAUGAGCUGACAGUGAGAUUGAAAUACAAGGAUGGGAUGAUCUUGAUGUUAAAAGAUGAAGCAGGGAGUCUUGAAGCUAAGUUGGCGGAGAAAGAAAAAGACCUGGAGAAAUUGAUGAGAAAUAUGGACGAGUCUGAGAAGAAGAUGGUGGAUCUGGAGAAGAGGGUGAAGGAGAAGGAAGAGGAGGUGCUGGGUAAGAAUGAUGAGAAGAGGGAGGCCAUAAGGCAGCUGUGCUUGUUGAUCGAAUACCACCGCGAGAAGUGCGACUAUCUUUUUCGAUACCUCUCCGCGAUGCUUAAGAGAAGUGGGCGUUCAUUGUGAAGUUCUUGUUUUCCCCAUCCCUCCUUCAUAUGAUUUUGGAUAAUCAGUGAUACUGUUAUUUUCUUUGUUUGUUGGAAUGAGCGCAUGUUAAAAGAGAAUGGAAGCUGUGGUUCAGCUCAGCAUAAGAUCGUUUAAAAACCUAUGUUUGAAAAAUGUCAAAGGUUAGUUCAUGCAUGCUCCAUCGACUCAUAUGGUCUGCAAAAGAGAGUGAAUGUGAUGUGACUGGCAUACUGGGGGAAAUGGUAGGCCCACUUUCGCCCCAAGAAGCGCACUUUUCUCCAAGAUAUUCUAGGUAUUUCCUUUCAAACUUCAAGAAUUCGUUUAUUAUUGUGCUGUAAAAAUAUGAGUUCGAGGGACAAAGGAUACUCUAGUAGCUUCCUGUAGAGAAAUGAUAAGACUUUUUAGGCCUCA